AUGAGUAAAAUCAAAUGCUCGCGUGGACCAAUGUCCUCCACGGUGGCCCCAGCUAAGGAGGCCAAUGCCAUGAGCCCCAAGGAGGUUGAGCUCAUUCUGGUCAAGGAGCAAAAUGGGGUGCAGCUCACCAACUCCACCAUCAUCAACCCGCCGCAGAGCCCUGAGGAGCCCCAGGAGCGGGAGACCUGGAGCAAGAAAAUCGACUUCCUGCUCUCCGUGAUCGGCUUCGCCGUGGACCUGGCCAACGUCUGGCGGUUCCCGUACCUGUGCUACAAAAACGGUGGCGGUGCCUUCCUGGUCCCCUACCUGUUCUUCAUGGUCAUCGCUGGGAUGCCGCUCUUCUACAUGGAGCUUGCCCUCGGGCAGUUCAACAGGGAAGGGGCUGCUGGGGUCUGGAAGAUCUGCCCGAUUCUGAAAGGCGUGGGCUUCACGGUCAUCCUGAUCUCGCUCUACGUGGGCUUCUUCUACAACGUCAUCAUCGCCUGGGCCCUGCACUACUUCUUCUCCUCUUUCACCAUGGAGCUGCCCUGGACCCACUGCAACAACACCUGGAACAGCCCCAACUGCUCCGACACCCACGCCGGCAACGCCAGCGACGGCCUCAACGACACCUUCAGGACCACGCCCGCCACCGAAUACUUUGAGCGGGGCGUGCUGCACCUCCACCAGAGCCGUGGCAUCGAUGACCUGGGCCCUCCGCAGUGGCAGCUCACCGCCUGCCUGGUGCUGGUCAUCGUGCUGCUGUACUUCAGCCUGUGGAAGGGAGUGAAGACUUCUGGGAAGGUCGUGUGGAUCACGGCCACCAUGCCGUACGUGGUCCUCACUGCCCUGCUUCUGCGUGGGGUCACCCUACCUGGAGCCAUCGACGGCAUCCGGGCGUACCUGAGUGUCGACUUCUACCGGCUCUGCGAGGCCUCGGUGUGGAUUGAUGCUGCCACUCAGAUAUGCUUCUCGCUGGGCGUUGGGUUUGGGGUGCUGAUCGCCUUCUCUAGUUACAACAAAUUCACCAACAACUGUUACAGAGAUGCCAUCAUUACCACCUCCGUCAACUCCCUGACCAGCUUCUUCUCUGGCUUCGUCAUCUUCUCCUUCCUGGGCUACAUGGCACAGAAGCACAGCGUGCCCAUCGGGGAUGUGGCCAAGGAUGGGCCUGGGCUGAUCUUCAUCAUCUACCCCGAAGCCAUCGCGACGCUGCCCCUGUCCUCAGCCUGGGCCGUGGUCUUCUUCAUCAUGCUGCUCACGCUGGGCAUCGACAGCGCUAUGGGCGGGAUGGAGUCCGUCAUCACCGGCCUCAUCGACGAGUUCCAGCUGCUGCACCGGCACCGGGAGCGCUUCACUCUCUUCAUCGUCCUGGCCACCUUCCUCCUCUCCCUCUUCUGCGUCACCAACGGUGGCAUCUACGUCUUCACACUGUUAGACCACUUUGCAGCCGGCACGUCCAUCCUCUUUGGGGUGCUCAUUGAAGCCAUCGGGGUGGCCUGGUUCUACGGUAAUGACUCUGUGCCAUCCAAUAUUGCUUGAUUUUUCCACUUCUGUCCUCAAGCCCUGUUGGCCAAGAGAUGUCAUCCUGACCUCUGUGUUGCUUGGUUUCAGUUUGUGGUCGUAGUCAGCAUUGUGACCUUCAGGCCCCCACACUAUGGCACCUACGUCUUCCCCGACUGGGCCAACGUGCUCGGCUGGGUCAUUGCCACAUCCUCCAUGUCCAUGGUGCCUAUCUACGCCACUUACAAGUUCUGCAGCUUGCCUGGGUCCUUCCGAGAGCUCCGCCACUGGCUGAUGGUGUAG